CCUAUUUCCAGCGAAGCGAACGACAAUGUUAGUAGACGGUGUGAAAUGGGCAUGCGGGCCUUGCGUUCGCGGGCACCGUAUCGGCAACUCAUACGUAUCAACCGGAAAGGACGCCCUUUUGUCACUUGUUCUGUGUGUAACGAGACCCCAUGUCCCAGACCAAGAGAGCACUACAAAUUACAAAACAGGUCCAGGGUGAAGAAGAUGAAGCCUGCUUCUAAAAACAAAAUCACCCGCAGAGUUUCUUCCCAUGCGAACCAAGAGUGUUUACGACUUGCACCUCGGCCUACUGAAACAUCAACGGCCUCACCAACUGUACUCUCUACGAACGGUCUUACUGGUCCUCGACAAGUCCAUGUACCCGUCAAUACCAAUACUUCCGUGGAAGCUAGUAAUCAACUGCCAAGCUUAACUCUGUUUGCGCCAAAUCAACAACAGCAACACACUACUUUAAGUAGCAGAUGCGAAAGCUUUACGGCCCCUGGGAUACCCCUUAUAUAUACGUAUAGAGAUACCCAGCUACCUGUUACGGGAGCAAUAGAAUCGGAGACGAGCGGCAAUUCGGCCGUCCGUCUCCCUUCGUUGAGGACACACGUCCAACAGAAUCACACAGCCUGCGAUAUGGUCAAGCACUUGUUGCCCAGUAAUUCACGGUAAUAAGUAUUUGGCUGACAAAAAGAAUCCGGUCGAAUGAA